UCGGGCCUGUGAAUGACGUCAUCCGUGGGUGUCAGGUGACAAAACAGGAAGAGAGAGACGUGACUCCCGGACCUCCGGGACCCACAGCGGAUUAAAAACGAGCCUACGGCCGAAUUUUAAUUUGAAAGAUUCCGCGCGAAGGAAGAGCAAGAUGGAGGUCGGCAGGAAACAUCACAGAGUUGAAAAAUGAAUGGAGUCUGGCGCAGAGAGUCUCGGGAACUCUGCUACAGUUACCCGAGGUCAGUAUGGAGGAUGAUGAACUUCCGUCAGCGGAUGGGAUGGGUGGGCGUGGCUCUCUACCUGCUGCUCAGCGUCAUGGCGGUGUAUUACGUCUUUGAGGUCCACAGCUUCAGUUUGGAGCUUGUGCAGAGAGGUGGGGCCAGCCCGUCAGCCCCGCCACUCGCCAUCAGCUGGUCUCAGAGCCUUAGUGCUUACCUGCCGCCACUUCCUGUCUGGAUGUGGGCGUCAGUCUUCCUGCUGCCAUACCUGCAGCUCUUUCUCUUCCUGUUCUCCUGUACGAGAGCCGACCCUCGAGCUGUCGGUUACUGCGUCCUUCCUGUCUGCCUCGCCCUCCUCUGCAGCCGCCGCCACGCUGCCCGCAAACCGGCCAAUCAGAGAGGCCAGCCACUCAUUGACACGUAGGGGCUCGGGCCGUGGCAGGAGGACGAACUGAACUGUGUGUUGAUGUUUGUGAUGUCACUUCCUGCGUGCCUUCAAACAGUUUAACAAACAAUUCUGUUUGAUAAAACCCUCUGUGCUGUCUGUCAGGACCUGUAUUGUGCCCUGAGUAUGACUGUCAGGAUCAAUACAUCUGUCCUCAGCGUCAACUGUCAGGAUCAGUACAUCUGCCCUCAGCGUUGACUGUCAGGAUCAACAGUUCUUUAUUCUGCAGCUGUCAAUCACUCUCCUGUUGUUAUUGUGACACCACAGGCUAUCCUGUGCUGUGAUUGGCUAGAGCAUGUUUACUCUACCUGCUGUUUAACUCAUAGUUAGGUUAGUUAACUUGUUAACCUUAAUAUAGAGAACGUGACGGUCAAUCAAAAUACUUUGCUGUAUUUAAUAAGAUGAGUCACAUGACACAUGUUGGUUACUAUGACAACUUUAUUAGAACUUAAAUAAAAUGAAAACCAAAA